AUGAUCAAAAGCCAUCAUGUGUCUUCAAUCACAAGAACCCUAAUCGCAAUGGUUCCUCUAUCUGUUCUAUACACAUAUGUUUCGACUCCAAAUGCCAUCACAACUGCUGGAACUCCUGAUUCUCCCAUCGUCAUCAUUGAAAACAGUGUGGCUUUCUCUUCCUAUAUCCCCAAAAAUUAUGCGAAUAGGGGAUUUGAAGAUUUUGUGGUCUAUCUUUCAGCUUGUCCACUUCGCUAUGCUCUUGCAGAUAUUCCCGAUUCUUUUCUUCCACAACAUGUUUGUGAUUUCUAUUUCACUUCUACCUUCAUUGAUGCUGGAGUAAUUAUUGGCACAAUCAAUGAUGGAAAUCAUAUAUAA